AAUCACGAGGCUGAAUGGAGGCCCAAGAUGGCGGCGCACUGGGAGCGUAACAUUUGCGUUUCUAGGAUCUUCAAGCUGCUGGUGGCUUAAGACUCUGGGGUUGUAGAGGCCCACACUAGACUAGUCGUCUGGAAGGAACUUAAACCUCAGAGAUGGCUCUGAGUAAAUCAAUGCAUGCAAGAAAUAGAUACAAGGACAAACCUCCUGACUUUGCAUAUCUGGCUUCCAAAUAUCCAGAUUUUCAGCAGCAUGUUCAGAUAAAUCUGAAUGGAAGAGUGAGUCUUAAUUUUAAAGACCCUGAAGCAGUCAGAGCUCUGACUUGUACUCUCCUAAGGGAGGAUUUUGGACUUUCUAUUGAUAUUCCACUGGAGAGACUAAUUCCCACGGUUCCCUUGAGACUCAACUAUAUUCAUUGGGUAGAAGAUCUGAUUGGUCAUCAGGACUCUGACAAAAGUACUCUCCGAAGAGGAAUUGACAUAGGUACUGGGGCAUCCUGCAUCUAUCCUUUACUUGGAACAACCUUAAAUGGCUGGUAUUUCCUUGCAACAGAAGUAGAUGACAUGUGCUUCAACUAUGCAAAGAAGAAUGUGGAACAGAAUAACUUAUCUGAUCUUAUAAAAGUGGUAAAAGUACCACAGAAGACCCUCCUGAUGGAUGCUCUUAAAGAAGAAUCUGAGAUAAUCUAUGACUUUUGCAUGUGCAACCCUCCCUUUUUUGCCAAUCAGUUGGAAGCCAAGGGAGUAAACUCUCGAAACCCUCGAAGACCCCCACCUAGUUCAGUAAAUACAGGAGGAAUCACAGAGAUCAUGGCAGAAGGGGGCGAAUUAGAGUUUGUUAAAAGGAUCAUCCAUGACAGUUUACAGCUUCAGAAAAGAUUAAGGUGGUAUAGCUGUAUGCUGGGAAAGAAAUGCAGCCUGGCUCCUCUGAAGGAAGAACUUCGAAUACAAGGGGUUCCUAAAGUCACCUACACUGAAUUCUGCCAAGGUCGGACAAUGAGGUGGGCUUUGGCUUGGAGUUUUUAUGAUGAUGUAACAGUACCAUCACCACCAAGUAAGCGAAGAAAAUUAGAGAAGCCAAGGAAACCCAUUACGUUUGUAGUAUUGGAAUCUGUGAUGAAAGAAUUAUCCCUCAAAGCAUCGUCUUUGGGCUCUGAGACAGUGGAAGGCAUAGUAGUUGUGACAACAUGGAUUGAAAAAAUUCUCACCGAUCUGAAGGUCCAGCAUAAACGAGUUCCCUGUGGAAAGGAGGAAAUUAGCCUUUUCCUAACAGCCAUAGAAAACUCCUGGAUUCACUUAAGGAGGAAGAAAAGGGACCGAGUGAGACAACUGAGAGAAGUUCCCCGAGCUCCCAAGAACGUCAUCCAAGCCUUGGAAGAGAAAAGGUCCCCCGCUAAGGAGUCUGGCAGCAGCCAAGACUUGGCUCAUGGUCCCCAGGAGAGUGCUCUGUGCGGGCCUGCUCUACGGGAAGACGAGUCUGCCACUGUGGAGGGCCAUGGCCCAAACCAGGACUCGCUUUCCCAGGAGGAAAACCCAGAACCCAUGGAGGAUGAAAGGAGUGAGGAAAAGGGAGAGAUGGAGGUUUGGGAAAGUUGUAAAGGCUCUAGUAAUGGAGCCCAGGACCAAGAGGCUUCUGAGCAGUUCAGCAACCCAGUGUCUGAAAAAGGGAACCAUCUCCAAAGAGCGGCUGGAUGUUACCUAUUCAAGUGUUUGAUAAACGUUAAGAAGGAGGUAGAUGAUGCCUUAGUUGAAAUGCAUUGGGUUGAGGGCCAGAACAGGGAUUUGAUGAACCAACUUUGUACUUACAUACGUAACCAAAUUUUCAGGCUUGUUGCUAGUUAACUCCAAACUUCUUGCACAGUAAAGCAGCUUGCUUUGGAGUGUAGCCUGCGGGGUGGCAAGCUGAAUCCCACCAUUGGCCCACUGGUAGCAUUAUAUGGAAUUAUCUGAAACAAAUUAAUCACUUUUAAACACCCCCCUCCCUUUUUUUUUAAGUUAACAGGGCACUGUAAUAUGGUAGUUCAGAGGAAGAAUUGUGGUUAUUUGCAUCAACAAAAAGCCAUCAAUAAACUCAUAAGGGAUUCAAACCUGACUUAAGCUGAUCACCUUAGCUUUAGACUGGUUUUCUGAGGCCGAAAGGAUUAUUUUUGCAGUCUGAUCCUGGUCAGAGCUUACAGAGCAUCAUGCUCUCUCUGUCACCCCUGGUUGCUUCCUGAGAAGGGGUGACUUUCUUAACCCCCUGGUGGAGGUGGUAUACCAGGUAGCCCUGUACCUUCUUCUAAAGUCACCUUUAAGACUGAAGACUUUGGGUACAUAUAAUUGAUGACCCCUGUGUCAGUCCUGAGAAGGGAACUGGCCUAAUGGUAGGUGGCGGGAGAGUCAGGGAGAGAAAGCUCAGUAAUGCCAGGAAGAAAGGCCAAUCAGGAAGCGCCUGGAAACGUCGGAAACAUCGGCAUAUUCCUGACUCUUGUCUGUUUUGAUGUUGGUUAUUUCAGAAACAGAAUUAGGGAAGCAAAACUGCCAGAUGUGACUGAGAUACAGCAGAAUGAAGCCAUACCCCUACCUCCAACCUGUUUAAAGUACUAUUUUGUAGCAGUUUUACUGGUGUGUGAUUUUUUUUUAUUUGUUUCGACAUUUGAAGUGGAGCUAAUAUAAGAGUAUUCAGAAUUGAAAACUGUCAAUCCUGUUUGAAUCCUGGGGUUGGGGAAAAUAUUUUCUUGGCUUUGAAUGGGUAAGUGGUUGAUGAUUGAAAUAAAAAUGGAGCAAGAUAGUUAUGUGUAGUAAGUUGCUUAAGAAAGUCUCAUCUAUUGGCAGAUAAGUUGUCGCUGAUCAAAGACGGUUUUUUGGGGUUCCCUUGUAAUCCCUUCUGUGUUUACCUGUUACCAUUGGAGAAUUCUAAGGUUGAGGUAACCAUGGUCUUAAAACAUGUUUCUAAUUGUAGUGUCAGGGCUCGGCAGGAAUGUCUCCGGAAAAGGAGUCUCUCUUUUAUUCUCUUGGUGUCUCAGUUAUCCUCUGCUGUGCUUGACUUCCAUGGCUUGAUUUUACACCAGCAGCCUAGGGUUCUGUUUAGCCUGAAAUUUCUGAGUAUGGUGCCAGAGCUCCUUGCUAUCUGCAAAGAAGACUGUGUAGUUAAGCCACAGUUUUAAAAGGUGGCAUUGGUUGGGGCAGAAAACUGAUGACCUUGGCAUACUUUGGCAGCACCUAGACCAGCCCCUCAGCAAAGAUACAGGAAAUGGAAAUAGGACCACAUUAUACCUCCCGGUGGCCGUGGAGACAGAGCUGCAGAAGAGAACAUAUUAACCAACCAGUGUUCUUAACCUGGUCGUGGGCCUCUGGAGAACCCAUAGCCUCCUGGAUUAUUUCCAAAAGCUCUGGACAUGUUUGGUUUUUCUUUCUGGAGAGAAGGGUCCCUGACUUAGAGAGAGCGGUUAGUAACUCACUGAGGAUUAGGAACCACUAUGCUAGUCCAGCCUCUUCUUUGACAGGAUAAGGAAACCAACACCCAGGGUCCCACAGAGCCAAGAUUCAUUGCAGGGCCCUAGAUUCCUGUGCUCAUCUCCUGUACCCACCCACACCAUCCUGCUCUGCUUACCUCUUAGGACACAUUGGAAUCAUAUGCUGGACCCAAACCUAGUUUAUAUCUUCAGAAAAUUUUAGGAUAAGUGAGUUAGGUGACAACCAUUCACUUGAUAAGUGGUCACUAAGUAUUUGCUUGUUUGUUUCACUAUAAAAGAGUAGUGUAUGCUCAUUAUUAAAGAUUUGGAAAGAUGAAAGAAAACAGCUUCAAAAUCACCCCUAGUCUCAACCUUCUGAAGCACAGCCACUAUUGGUAUUUUAGUGUUUCCUUCUAGUCUCUAAUCUCUUUCUGUAGAUGGGGUGUGUGAGUGUGUGGGUUCAACUUUGGUUGUGUUGAUGCUGUAUAUUCAGUUUUAUAUUAUGCUCUUUUCUCAUCUGAUGUCUUGUAAGUAUUUUUCCAUGUUGUCACAGGAGUGCAUUAUUUAUGCUCCUCGCCUGUUCAAGAUGAGCUUCAGGCGCAGUAUUAGCCUUUGUUUAAGUCUGAUACUUAGACGUCUCCAAAGAAUCCUCUGUGGACCUGGAGGCACAGGAGACGUGUCUUGUGUCUAUAUGUGUUUGGUGCCCCAGGUUUAAGGCCUGGUGUCAUGGAGGACGUUUUAUAGGUGUUAAGCUAAUGCUCUUAGAAUUUAAAAAGUAUGUGACAACAGAAGCUUCCAGUGCCAGAGCUGUGAGUGCCAUUUUUGCAUUUGUGUGUCUUCAUUUCCUUCUCUGAGUAGUUAUUUCUAUCUAAUGAGAGAACAUUGAAACAUUUUGAAAAGACAUCUAAAAAUUCUUUCACUUAUGCAUAUACUUACAAUGUGUGUGAUAUGUGGUAGCCUACACCUCUGAUAUGGGGAAAAGGAAUUUUUUUAGAAGAAAUAGGUUAUUGACCCAGGUAUCAUAAUGUUGAGUGAUACUUGCCGAAGUGUCUAGAGGUCAAGUUCAUGUUGAUGGAUUGGUAUGGAAUUCAAUCUUUGUGGUAUUAUCUUAAAUUCUAUUCUGGUCCCUUGCAUUGGCUUCUGAUCUCUUGAUAACCAAAGUGGGAACAGAAGCUGAACUUGUUUUCCAAGGAGGGGAAUAAGCUGCUUUUGUUCUUUGGAAUCUGCUUUGCUUCCAGCAGUUUGGUCCCUUCACCCCACAUCGUUGCCCAGGUAUUCACACGCCAGAGCAUCGCUGCUUGUCCUAGUAGGGUUAGUGUCUCUGUGUUGGAGUUUCAACUGAUCUUAAGGGUGCGUGUGGAUUACUUAAAACUUUAGUAUAUAUUUUUAAAAACAUGAAACCUCUCUUCUCUUGAUAGAAAUCAAAGCUUACCAUGUGAGCACACCAACUUCUAAGCUCUGACAAGUAAUAAAACUGCAGGGUGUGAAAAAGA